UAGGGAGCAAGAUGAUAGAGGCGCGCUUGCGCGGUACCUUCAAUAUCAGGUAAGGAUGGAUUUUCUAUCGGCUCGCGAAGCAGUGCUGAACGUAAUAAAGGGUGCGCGCGCCGGGGAGUUGCCUCGCCUGCUGCACUGGCUGAGAACAUCGAAUGACUUUGAUGAAUUUACAGGCAAUAAUGAUGAUAUCAUUCUCAAAAGUAUUGCUGAAGAUAUUCGACAUCGUUUGCCUGUUGGAGCAGUGCUCAAUUCAGAGCAUAAUGCUCUUCAAAAACUUCAUGAGCAGACAGUACCCACCAUUCAUGUUGAUGCUUUCCUUUAUGAUGAUGACUGUAUUGACUCUUUAUGUGAAGAAGGAAAGAUGAGCAGAAAUUAUUGUCUAGCCUGUGGCUCUCAUCAGACAGCACCAUUAGAAUUCAUUUCCCAUUCCUUUUCCCUCGCGGAACUGAAGUUCCUGUACCAGGAAGUAUUGCCUGACCUGACAGGGAAGGUUCUGGUUGACGUCGGUUCCAGGCUUGGAGCAGUCCUGUUUGGGGCCUACUAUUAUAGUUCAGCAUCCCAGAUCUAUGGAGUUGAAAUGAAUGGAGACUUUUGCCAGUUGCAGGAAGCUAUCAUUUCAAAGUAUCGAUUUGAUGACAGAAUAAAGGUGAUUAAUGCAGAUAUUUGUACUCAAGCUUCACUUCUUCAAAAUGCAGACGUUGUUGUAAUGAAUAAUGUCUUUGAAUAUUUCCUUGACAGAUCAGAACAGGCUAGAGCAUGGAAAAUCAUAAGUCAAAACGUAAGAAAGCCAGGGUCUUUAUUAGUGACUGUCCCAAACCUUGAAAAGUCUCUCUCGGAGCUUCAGGUGGACAUUCAGCUCAACCAGUGGGUGGAAGCAGUACCAGUGCAAUAUGAUGAAUUCUUAGAAGAUGCUGAUAGAGAAGCACUUGAACAAAUUUACUUGUACAGAAUUCUAUAGCAUACAAAAUAUGCAAAU